AUGCUCGAAAGGUUGGUUCGGUGCGACGCAGCAAGUCUAGGUGUGCCUUGCACCAAUUGCGUAGCUUUCUCUAUCGAAUGUAAAAUCCCAACGCCAAAGCGGAAGAAGCAUCAGGGAAAAUUAUUCAAAGAUGGGAUCAGCGAUGAGCGACCAGAUACUGGGAGCGGAGUCAGUGUCGACAGCACGCAAGGCGCCAAAACAGUAGAAGGAAUGCCCGAGACUAGCUUAACCGAGGCUCAGGCUGCCCAGCAAGCUUCCCACAACGCCUCGUAUGCCCAAUUCAUGAAACCGAAAUUCGCUCGCGCCCCCAUAAAGGAAGCUGGGAGGGUAGCAUACCUUGGAGAAUCGUCGAACCUUUCACUACUUGUCCAUGACCGUCACGGUACUACUGAUGUUGUACAUUAUCCGCUACCGGACGGGAUAAGAGGCUCGCGCGCACGACUGACAGAGUUAGAUAAUUUGGAAAUCGACAUCCUGCAUCAGAGGGGCGCAUUCCUACUCCCACCCCGGGCUCUAUGUGACGAGCUCGUAGACGCGUACUUCAGAUGGGUUGCGCCUGUUGUGCCCAUCAUUAAUCGCAGCCGUUUCAUGCGCCGUUAUCGAGAUCCCAAGAACCCGCCCUCGCUUCUGCUUCUGCAAGCUAUUCUUCUCGCUGGGUCGAGAGUCUGUAUAAAUCCCCAGUUGAUGGAUGCGAAUGGAUCGACUACGCCCGCAGCUAUGACUUUUUAUAAACGAGCAAAGGCCCUUUAUGAUGCUAAUUACGAAGACGACCGCGUUACCAUCGUGCAAGCGUUGGUUCUAAUGGGCUGGUACUGGGAAGAUGUCACUAAAAAUGUCUUCUAUUGGAGUAGAGUUGCGACUGUUGUUGCCCAGGGAUCUGGAAUGCACCGAAGCGUGGAAUCGUCCCAGCUAAGCAGACCAGACAAGCGGCUAUGGAAACGGAUAUGGUGGACACUCUUCACACGGGAUCGAUCCGUUGCCGUCGCGCUUGGGCGUCCCGUAAACAUCAACACUGACGACUCCGACGUGGAGAUGCUUACAGAGGAUGAUUUCAUCGAGGAUGAGGUCGACAGCGUCGCUGAAUACCCGCCCGAUCCUAUCCACGUUCAGUUCUUCCUCCAGUAUGUGAAGCUCUGCGAGAUUAUGGGCCUCGUAUUGUCUCAGCAGUACUCUGUCGCUUCGAAGUCGCGGCGUACAAAUGCCAUUGAUCUAACUCAUAGUGAUAUGGCGCUGGCCGAUUGGCUACAAAAUUGCCCGAAGGAAGUUUACUGGGAGAGGCCUAGGCAUCAUUUCUGGUCCGCCUUGCUGCAUGCAAAUUACUAUGUAUAUAGCUUAUUCUCCGCCCUUAUCAUGCAUGUAUACCAGAUGCGCUCAUCCGUCCCCAGCGUUGUCUCCCUAAGCCAAGAGCGAAUCAACAUCUGCAUGCAAGCCCUUAAAGAUGUCUCGAAAGUCUGGCUUGUUGCGAAGAUGGUACACACGCUCUUCGAGUCCAUCCUGGGUAACAAAGCCCUCGAAGAACGCCUCCAGAAAGCCGCCGGUAAGCGACACCAGCGCGUCCGACGCGACCACCCGGCCCCCACAAUACCACCCUCGUCAACCACAGCAGCACGACGCCCUAUAGAAGCCCCCAAACGCAAAUUCGACGACAUGGAAAUUAGCCUCCCCAACGGACCACCGGCUCCACAGGUUUCCUACGAGCGUUCCCGGCCGCAGACACCCGCCGUAACACCCUCUCGUGAAAUGCCCCCGACUCCCGCUGGCUCGGCAAUGGCCGCCCCGCCAUCCCAACAUCCUCCGCACACCUCUUCAACCGCCCAACACCAACAGUCGCAGCAGCAGCAGCAGCAGCAGCAGCAGCAACAACAACAACAACAACAACAACGGGGCAUAAACCAUGAUGCCUUCCUCGGCACCACCGGUAGCUCCGACGGCAGCACCCGUCCCGACUCACCGUCUCAGUUCAACCCCCCUUUCAACAUCCCAGCUACCCCCCCCGACCUUUUCCUCGUCACACGCAACUCCCCUAACAUCUCGCAAUCGCUCUGGGAAAACUUCCAGCCAACCCAACUCUUCCCCGACGGCACGAAUAUGUCAUUCGCGGGCUUUUCACCCCGCAGCGGCGCGGCUAUCGACCCACAGCUGCAGCAGACACCCAUGAUGGGUAGUAUGGGUACUCCCGCACUCAGCCCCGGCCAACAGCACUCACAACAACACCAGCAGCUACCCACACGAGGGCUACGCGAUAGCCCCACCAUGGGCAUGCAUCAUAUGCACGGCAUGGGCCAGCCGCUGCAGCAGCGGCAGCAGCAGCAGCAACAUCCUGGCGGGGGCGGGUGGCCUUCCAUGCAAGGGCUGGAUGGGCAUAUGGCGCCUACGACGAUGGAGUCGUCGAGUCAGGAUGACAAUUGGAGUACGUCGUCGCGAGGGCAGAUGCCAAUUCCGCCGACGUUGAAUGUGGAGGAUUGGUUCCAGUUCUUCGGGAUUAAUGCGGGUGUGGGUGACAACGCCUCCACUGGCGCCGCGGUGUCCAAACAUCUCAACCAACUACUGAAGGAUAGCAACCGUUACACCAAGUCACGCAUUAUCCUGAACCCCUUGGAACUCCUGGAAGGGUAUCCUGUUUUUGGUGCGGAUUGUCCUAUCACUCCACGUUCGGUGUUGAUUCCACCUACGCCAACGGACAGGCAAACUACCGCAAUUCCCGCUUGGCAACUGUCCAAUCCUGACAUUGAGAAUAGAUGGGAGACAGGGCUGCGUUGGUCCUCUGAAAGGGCAGCAGUGCCUAGCUAG